AUGACCGUACAGGACUAUCAAGGCUGUUUUCUCUACAAACCCGACAUGCCCCGCACCUGCUGCCCGGCCUACACCAUCCGCCUCGUGGCGGGGCGGUUUCAGCUCAACAAGGAGCAGCGCAAGGUGCUGCGGCGCAUGGAGAGGUUCCUCAACCUGUUGGAUCGUGGCUGGCGUCGGUCGGGUUGCUUCCUCUACAAGCCGGACAUGCCCCGCACCUGCUGCCCGGCCUACACCAUCCGUCUCGUGGCGGGGCGGUUUCAGCCCAACAAGGAGCAGCGCAAGGUGCUGAGGCGCAUGGAGAGGUUCCUCAGUGGAGACAUCGACCUUCCGCCCCCCAGGCCUAGAGAUUCCCCUGCUAACCGUGCAACGCCGCAGCAAUCAGACCCUGCAAAGGGGCAAGCCCUAGGGGAUGCACGGAUGGAAGGGGCUUCGACUAGAAAUCUGGAGCAAGGACCUUUGGCAGCAGUGCAGGCGCGUGUGGAAGGGGCUUUAAGCGGGGUGCUACAGCUAUGGAGGGAGCAGGGGAUGCUGCCUGCCAGCCUGGUGCUGCCUGCUGUGACACUCAGAUCUGUUCCUGUCAGCGUGAGGGCGCGAGUCGGGGAGGGGAAGGGAGGGGAGAGAGGGGAGGGAGGGAAAAGGAAGGGAGGGAAGGGUGGGAAGGGGAAGGGAGGGGAGGGAGGGAAGGGAGAGGAGGAAGGGGCAGGAGGGGCAGGGGAAAGCCAGCAGAAAGGAGCGUCUGCUCCUCUGCCUGUGCUGACGUCAAACAUUGCGUUUAUAAUCUGCUCCGGAUUAAAGAAACUGCAGCAGCAGCAUCCAGGGGUGACAGCCACACAGCAAUCAGCAAGCGGAGAAAGAGGGGGCACAAGCGCUCUCUCUUUAAGCUCUAGUGCACAGGAUUUAGCAGCAAAGCUGGUAGCCGAAGCAGAGGGGGGGUGGCAAAGGGGGGGACUGCCAGAGGGGGUGUGUGUGAGAGCCGUGCAUGGGCAUGUGAACGUGCUUGCUCCCGCCGCUCUGCUUCAUGGUGGCAUGACAACAGGCACGAAUCAUCAGCAACGGCAGCAGCAGCAGCAGGAAGAGCAGAAGCAGCAGCAACAGCAGCAGCAGCAGCAGCAGCAGCAACGGGACGAGCAGCAGGACCAGCAGCGGCAGCAGCAGGGGAAACAGCGCACCCCACGACGUUUAGAGAUAACAACCCACCCAUCGGCGUUCACUCAGGAGGAGUACGAGCUGUACCGCAAGUACCAGAUUCACGUGCACGAUGACAAGCCCUCCUCCGUCACCAGACGCGGCUACGAGAAUUUCCUCGUUAACACUCCCCUCAUACACGUCCCUCCACCUGCUCCUUCCACCUCCGCUCCUCCCACUUCCACUACUCCCCACCCACACUCAGUCCCGCCCCUAGAAGCGCCCAAGCCUGCCUCAGCGCCCCUCCCCUCCUGUGGGUACGGGUCUUUCCACCAGCAGUAUCGGAUCGAUGGGCGCUUAGUGGCCGUGGGGGUGGUGGACGUGCUGCCACGCUGCCUCUCAUCUAAGUAUCUCUUUUGGGACCCAGACUACGCGUUUCUGUCCCUGGGGAAGUUUUCCGCGCUGAAGGAGAUAGAGUGGGUGCAGCGCGAGCAGCAGCAGCGCCCUGAGCUCUUAUUGGAUUCGUACUAUAUGGGGUAUUAUAUCCACUCCUGCCCCAAGAUGACUUACAAGGCCGCGUAUGCACCGUCGGAUCUGCUCUGCCCUCUGCGCUACUUGUGGGUUCCGUUCUCCCUUGCUCGCCCUCUCCUCGGCCGCUCCCCCUACGUUGUUCUCUCCUCCGCGCUGCCAAAACGCCCCCACACCCCGGCCAGCCUUCCCUCUCUCACAAACUCGCACCAUCAGCCUCUCUCUUCCAUGGGAGGGGACGGGGCUACAGUGGGGGAGGGGCGAGAGGAGGGAGUGAGAGAGGCAGUGCGAGGGUAUACAGGGGUGGGGGGGGGACAGACCGAUGCAGAGAGAGCAGAGGCACGAGAACUACAGGCUGCUGCUGAGAGAGGGGCUGGUGGGUUGGACGAGACGAGUAGCAGGGAGGAUACUACUAACGAGUAUGGAGUGCAGGGAGGUGUGUACAGGGCCCAAGAGGACAGGAAAGGGGGCCAGGGGGGGAAAGAUGGGAUGGAGGUUGAUGCGGGAAGGGAAGGAGACUGGCGGAGAGGAAUGGUAGGAGGAGGGGGGGAAGCGGGUGGGAGUGAGUGUGGAGGAGGAGGGGAGAGAUGGCCCGAGGAGUCGAGUGAGGAGGAGCGGCAGGAGAGAAGCAGGGAGGUGGCAGCAACAGUGAUGGCCAUGCCACUGCUUAUCAACGGCUCCUUGCAGAUCAGCUUUUCGCAACUGCUGGAGAUGGGCUGGCUUUCCUCUGCCUCCACACGGGCCAUAACAGCAGCCCUUAAGACCUUCUGUGAAGCUGCUGGGCCUGAGGCAGCUAGGCGCAUUCUCUAUGUCGUUAGGUAG